AUGACAUCUGCAGAAUGCGUUAUCGCUUACACUAACAUUGAACAAGAAUCUGGGUAUGAGUGUCAACACCAGCCACCGCCGGAAAACUGGCCACAGCUUGGUCAAGUGAGAAAAGAGAACCUUGGUUUAGUUUAUUACGAAGUUGGACUAAAAAUUCUUAAGGAUGUCUGCUUUACGGUUGAUUCACACGAAAAAAUUGGAAUUGUUGGUCGCACCGGAGCCGGCAAGUCUUCACUGCUUUCAGCCCUAUUCCGCAUGCCUCAAUCGACUUAUUAUUAUUAUUAAAAAAUAUUUAGAGAGGGAGCCCAGCUCGCUAUAGCGGUUUUCAGUGAGGCCCUCAAAAUUAACAAUGUAUAAAAUAAAUAAUCGCGUAAUUAAUAGGUAAAAGCAUAACAGUGGGAACUAUGAAAUAUCUAAAACAUGAUAUAAACAGAAAAUAACAAAAUCGAUGAACAAGAGAUGAUACACUAAACGACCAUUAAGAUUCAAAAUGUUUAAGGAAUGAAAUUUUAAAAGCAUCAUAAGGUAGACAUCUCAUGUCUUCUGGAAGGGAAUUCCAGCCUGUCAAUGCACUAUUAAAGGAUCUGAGUAGACCCCAGUUCGUGUUUGAUCUAAUAGAUCUAAUAUUUUCCUUGCAGCGAGUGUUAUGGCUAUGAUAGUCUGUGCCUUGAGUAAUCAUACUGUUUCUUGCACUGUCAUUUAUAAGUUUAUGCAUAAAAAGACACCGUUGCAUUGAUCUUCUGGAUGAUAGAUUGAUCCAGUUCAUAUCCAGAAGUGCUUGAGUUAAAGAGGAAAAUGUCGCUCGAUCCAGUACUAGCUUAGCUGCUUUAUUCUGAAGAAAUUGAAUAGAAUCCAUUAAAACUUUGUUAUUUUUAUCACCCCAUACGAUACUUGCAUAUUCGAGAAUAGGAAUGACCAUUGUUGACACAUAGAUCCUCCUUGCAUAAACUCGGAGAAGAUGCUUGAUUCGUUUUAGCACACCUAGUUUCUUUGCUAUUUUACUUUGUAGUUGUUCAAUAUGGUCUGCCAAGUAAGAUGCUGGUUUAUGAUCACUCCGAGAUACUUGAAUUUGGUAACGUUCUCUAGUUGAUCAUUAUUGGCUACAAGGGCUACGUCAUUAAACUGAAUUAAUUUGUCACGUCCUCCAUUGACCAUAAACUUCGACUUAGUAACAUUUAGUGUCAGCUUAUUGUUAUGUAACCAAGAUGUAAUAGCUGCCAAGUCUGCAUUGAGCUUUGAUUGCAAAUUGGUUGGCAAGUUCUCAUGACAAUAAAAUGCCAUGUCAUCAGCAAACAUCGUCAUCUUUGAGUGCCGCAGUUCAGAUUGAACUCCAUCAAUAUACACCAAGAAUAGCAAUGGCCUCAGAAUGCUACCCUGCGGCACUCCCAUGGUGACUUUAACUGGGGGGGGGGACAAUGCAUUUACACACAUUGUUUUUUGAACUCGACCAGUGAGAUAUGAGCGGAACCAUUCUAGGCUUUUCCCUGCUACUCCUAGUAACUUGAGUUUGUUGAUGAAGAGCAGAUGAUCGACAGUGUCGAACGCCUUGCGAAGGUCCAGGAACACUGUUCCCGUCACGCAUCCUUUGUCCAUAUUUUCUAGGACUUGAUCGAAGUCGAUUAGGGCAGUGGAAGUUGAACGCUUUAGUCGGAAGCCAAACUGUGAUAGUGAUAAUAGUCUGUUUACUUCCAAAAAAGAACUUAACUGAAUAUGCGCUGAUCUCUCUAUGAUCGUGCUUAUAGUUGGUAAGAUUGAUAUUGGUCGAUAGUUAUCCUUUAUUGACUUAUCUCCAUCUUUAAAUAAUGCAAUGACUUUUGCACACUUCCAGACCCUUGGAAAUACUCCAUCACUGAAGGAUUUAUUGAUCAAACCAGUUAGUGACUGGUCAGGUGAUCACUGAAGGGAUAAAUAUUAGCACUGUUGACCUUCAAAGAUCUCGUCGAGCAAUGUCAGUUAUUACGCAGAAUCCUGUUCUGUUUACCAGCUCAUUGCGCAUGAACUUGGAUCCUUUCGAGGAGCACGACGACAGGGAUCUCUGGAAUGCAUUGGAAAAAGCGAAUUUGAAGAACAUGGUGGAAAUGUUGCCGCGACAGUUACACAAGGAGAUUUGCGAAUGCGGAGCAAACUUUAGUGUCAGUGAAAGACAACUACUGUGCUUGGCCCGCACUUCAUUAAAGAAAAACAACAAAAUUGUGAUGGAUGAAGCAACAGCAAACGUCGAUUGGAAAACUGAUCAUGUGAUUCAAGAGACAAUACGCAAAACAUUAAAACAUUGUACCGUGAUAACAAUUGCACAUCGAUUGAGCACUAUAAUACCUGCGAUCGAGUUUUAG